AUCUGGCCAAUCAGAAGAGCCUUACUGGCGUCCCCGGAACUACCAGACCACUGUGCUCGCCAUUCAAAACAGCAAAGAAAGGAUGAUUCAAGAAGUGUUUUUCUGGAGCAGCUGUCAGAGCGGAGAGUAUUGAGUGUGUUAUUAGCCUUUGGCUGGUGGGGUGAGCAUCUCCACAAUGGCUCACAGACUGACCAAGGAAGAUCUGGAUGCACAGUUUGAGCAGUUCCUCAGAGAGUCUGUUUCAGAUGAGUCCGUGGAUUUAGGAAGCUCUAACAAACCACUUCAAGCUCAAAGCCAAAAACCAAACCAGAAGCCAAAGGUGUCAUGGUGGCAAGAUGACGAUCACAGCAGUGGAGCAACAACAGAAGCGUUGUCGGGAUCAAGAAAGUCCUACAGGAAGUCUUUGAGGAAGUCUCGACCAGUUUUAGAGGUGGAAGGAGAUCCAGGUAGUCCUGGAAUGAGAGCUGAAGGGCUGGAUGCAACCUUCAUCACCUGGGGAAGCUCCAAGACUGAGGACACUUUACUCCUUCCUGUGAGUUCAGAAUCAGAGCUGAUGCCUGCUGUGGACGUGACUAAUGUGGGCUUAGAAACUCAAGAGGAAGAGGAGGAGAAGGCCAGGUUCUUUGCACAGCUAGAAUCAGGAACUUCAUCCACUAUAGAUUACUCCAAGCUGAACAGGGAGUUGGACUCGACCAGUUCCAUCAUGGCCACGGACCUCAGGAUAGCGGAAAAUGUAGAAAUGGAGCAGAACAAAGAAGCUGAUAAAGUCAUGGUCACAGAGGCUGUUGGAAAGUUUCAAGACCACGCUGAGUCUCCACACUACAGUGAAGACUUUGAAGAUGAUGAGGGCAUAAAAGAGCUGGAAGAGGAGAAAACUAAAAUGUCUCCAAGUCUUGAGGGAAGUAAAAGGCCGUAUUGUAUUGAGGUUCCGGUGGAAGUAAUCGGUGAAGAGGACAGAAGGAAGGACACCGAUGGGUCACCAGACAGAGGCCAGGUGUAUGGACAGAGCGGAGGGUCAGAGAUGGAGGCUCUUCACGAAGCUUACAGACAGAUUCAAACUACAAAAGACUCAGAGGAUCACCUUCAUUCAUCCCUUAAAGAAAACAAGGGGAUCGUCAGACCAGAGUCUCCGUUAUCUUCUCCUCAACUUGUUCAAAACCCUCUCCAGCUUGCUUCCACCAGUGAAUCAGGCCUGCCCACUGCAGAGGAACUGAUGAGGCCUAUCCAACCAGCAGACAACCAAACAAGAGGCUUCACCCUCCAGCCUUUCAGAGGUGCAGAGCCCUCAAACACAGAAGGAACCCAUAUUGAGUCGGACCUGAAGCAUCCAGGAAAGAUCGGACCCACUACGGGAGUCAAGGGAAUCUGGGAAUUGAAAAAUGACCUGUCCAAGUCUCCAGAGCCACCAAACCAUGACCUGACAUGGAGCAUCAGGGAGGAAGUGGACAGACUGAUGCAGGACCAGAAUGACUCAUCACAAACACAUUCUAGCAAAGCUCAGAAACACCUGGCUUCCCAUGGCUCCUCUGGCUUUCAUUUCUCUGCAUCUUCAGAAACGACGACUAUGAGAGGCAGGGCAGUAGACCGAAGAGCAGCCAUGAACUAUAAAUCAUCCAGGAUGAGUAAAACUGCUGCAGUGCCCACGACCCUCCCCUCAAAGACCAAACCCACUAAGAACCCAGAAAGAGACGACAGAGUCUCUGCAGAGUCAGAUGUGAACGUGAUCAGCAACCUGUUUGGAUUGGUUCAGCCCUCAGAGGCUGUUCUCCAACAGCAGAAAGAUUCCAGUCACCAGUCGGAUGCUGCAGAGGACGUCCCAGCUUCUCAGGCAUCCAGUCUGCCUCGUCCUCAUUUAGGUCUGCAAACAGAAGAAGGAGCCAAUAGGAAGAGGAGACACUUGGAGCUGGCUGGUCCUGUUACAGAGGAGAGACUUGUACAAAUAAACAAAGAAAUAAUGGAGCAGGAGGUUCUCAUCAAAGGGUACCAGCAGGAGAAUGAAAAGCUCUACUCGGAAAUGAAGUCUCAGCAGGCCAGGAGAAAAGUCAACGAGGAGGCCAUGUUAAGUGAAAACCAGAGGCUGCUGAGUCAGCUGGCAUUUACACAGGAGCAGCUGAGGAGAGCUACGAGACCUUUGGCCAUCAUGUGUACGAUGAAUCACUCUCAACAAAUCUCCGACCUUUUGGUCCAAAUCAGUGUUCUCCAGAAGAAUGAGACUAAGCUGUCUGAGGACAACCAGAGGCUGACGCAGGAGAAGCAGUCUUUAGAGUCCAACCUACAGCUAAUGAAGGGGAGAGACCCAGGAAAGGCUCAGGUCAACCCCACCUCAGAUAAGACGUUGGAGCUGCAGGUACUGGAAGAGAAGCACAAACAGGAAGUGGCAGCCCUGACGGAGAAGCUGCAGAGGUUUUCUGAGCAGCGGGAGCUGCUGGACAGAGAUGCUGGCAGACUGAAGGCUGCUACAGCUGAGAUACUCCAACUUAAAGAACAAGUAGAAAAGCUGAAGCAGGAAGUUGUCAGAAGAAGCGGUGAUCAACAGAAGAAGAGCAGAGGCAGAUCUGCCGACACAAAGAAGAUCCAGCAUCUGGAGCGACAGGUGAAGGAGCUUAAACAGAUUUUAAGGAGCAAAAACCCAAACUCACUGCCCGCCAUGAUUUACGCUGCAUCUAUGGCUGAUAGUGACGAACACGGCAGCUCGUUCAGGAUGGCCUCGUCUGGUGGGAUUAACAGUCUGCUUGAACAUAGGAUUCAGUAUCUGGAGGCUGAACUGGAGGGUCACGAUGAAGAGGCUAAACGCAGCCUACAGGCCAUGGAACAACGGUUCCACAGUCUCAAGCUGCAGUAUGAAAACCAGAUUCACCAGUUAGAGCUGCAGCUGGCACAAAGGCAGCAGGUUGAAGCAACGCCAGGAUCGGAUCUGUGGGUGUCCAAGUGUCGGAGACUGGAGGAUGAGCUGCAGCUUCUCAAGGAUAACCACCAGGAGAAAGAGAAUUAUUUACAAGAGCAGAUCAAAUCUCUGCAGAAGCAAGUCAAAAACAUGGCCCGGCCAAGCCCAUGCCGACACCAGCGUCAAGCUGAGGCCGCCUUUGGGGCCAGAAUAGAGCGACUCAACCAAGAGCUCGCUACAAAGACGAGACGCAUUCAGGAACUUAGACGCACUGUGGAAGGAAUGCAGAGAGAGAAAAGAAACGUUCUCUUUGCACCAAACCCACUACCUGACUUCUAUUCUUCAGACUCCAAGCAGCUCCCAGGCCAGAUCAAAGCCCACUUCUCUGCUGCUGAAGCAGAGACGGAUGAUGCAGGAACAUUUCCACCUGCUCAGUAUGACAAGACCUACCAGCCCACCGCCUUCACAGGGGAUCACAUCACAGAGGUUCUGCAGGAGAACGAGGCUCUGAAGCAGCGUGUGGAGCAGCUCCAACAGGAGAAGGAGCACAAGGAGGAGGUGCUUAGGGUUGAGGCUAUGCAAGCUAAUCAGGAGUUGUGUCGGCUGAAGGAGCUCCACGCAGAGCAGCUAUCAUCUCUGAAGGUGGAACAUCUCAGGGUGCUUGACUCUUUGCGUUCCACCCACGCCCUGGAGCACUCAUCUUCAAAGGUUGCAGAGCUGACCAACACACUCAACUGUCAGGAGAUAGCCAUGAAACAUGUGCAAGAACAGCUGAGUGAACUUCAGGGAUGUAAAGAGGCACUUAGACUCUCACAAGGCAGAGAAGAAGUCCUGCAGAAGCAGCUAACCAGGCUGCUGCAGGAGCUGAAGGAGGCCCGAGGAGCUCAGAGCUCUGAGGUUAAACUCUUGUGUAGCCUUGAGAGGAAGAUCAUGACCAUGGAGCUCAGACAGCAGCACAGAGAGGAGGAGCUGCAGCAGCUCAUUCAGGGGCCAUGGCAGACACCAGCAGCUGAUCUCCAGUCAGAAGUGGAAUGCUGGAGGCGUCUGGCUCAGGACAAGAGCAGAGAACUGGAUGUUUUCCGUACCGAGUUGGACUCUAUUCUGGACAUCUUGAGACAUCUUCAGAAACAGGAAGUGUUCUCUUAUCCCCACAAGCUCUGAUCGCUCAGGAUGGUUAGUACAAACAUCCCAUCCUGUUCGAUUCUGAGUUCAGAUUACCCCUUCAUCAGCUUCAUCCCAGCCCUAAAUAAGGUUAAACGUCUCUUAGACCACAGAGAACGUCAUUGACUGUUAAGUUUAAUGUUGUGUGUGUAAUUUCCUAGUUUCUCUGUAAUUUGUUUUUAAUUUAUGACAGUUUUAAGAACAAAUUAAAAUGUAUUCAAUA